AUGAAACUGCCCAAGCGCCUCCACCUCUGCAGAUCUUUGAUCUGCCUGAGACUGCAGGAUUCACAGAAGAAGCCUGUUUCCCACAGCAUCAGAAGACAGAGAAGCAAAAGCAAAUCCUCCACAGGCCUGCGCAGACUCACUCAAGCUGGGCUCUGCAUGGGUGAAUUCAGAGAGCCACUAAUGAGCCCUCUGUCCUACAGCCUGGUCCUGUCUCACUCUGGUCUGGUGGUGCUUGAAGUUAACAGCGAAUUUCAAAUCCAGGUAAGAGAUCAUAAUGCCAAAACUGGUACCAUCAAGUGGCAUUCCAUCAGAAGGCAGAAACGAGAAUGGAUCAAGUUCGCUGCAGCCGGUCACGAAGGUGAAGACAACUCAAAGACAAACCCAAUUGCCAAAAUUCAUUCAGACUGUGCUGCAAACCAACCAGUGACAUACCACAUCUCUGGAGUGGGAAUUGACCAGCCACCUUAUGGAAUCUUCAUUAUUAAUCAAAAAACUGGUGAAAUCAACAUAACAUCCAUUGUUGAUCGUGAGGUCACCCCCUUUUUCAUUAUCUACUGCCUAGCACUGAAUGCACAAGGUCAAGACUUGGAGAGUCCACUGGAGCUUAAUAUCAGAGUAAUGGAUAUAAAUGACAACCCUCCCAAGUUUUCAAUGACUAAAUUUCUAGGACAAAUAGAAGAAAAUUCUAAUGCAAACACACUGGUAAUGAAACUCAAUGCUGCCGAUGCUGAUGAGUCAAAUAACUUGAACUCAAUAAUUGCCUUCAAGAUCAUAAGACAGGAGCCUUCUGACUCACCAAUGUUCAUCAUCAACAGAAAAACUGGAGAUCGAACAAUGAAUAAUUUUCUAGACAGAGAGCAAUAUAGCCAGUAUUCCCUUGUGGUGAGAGGCUCAGACCGUGAUGGUGGACCAGAUGGCAUGUUUGCAGAGACCGAAUGCAGUAUCACCAUCCUGGAUGUCAAUGACAACAUCCCAUACUUGGAGCAGUCAUCUUAUGACAUCGAAAUUGAAGAAAACGCACUUCACUCCCAGCUAGUGCAGUUCAGAGUCUUUGAUUUGGAUGAAGAAUUCUCAGACAACUGGAAGGCAAUCAUUUUCUUUAUCUUUGGAAAUGAGGGAGAUUGGUUUGAAAUAGAAAUGAAUGAAAGAACAAAUGUAGGAACUCUGAAGGUUGUCAAGCCCCUAGAUUAUGAAGCCAUGAAGAAUCUACAGCUUUGUAUUGGUGUUCGAAAUGUAGCUGAAUUCCACCAGUCAAUUCUUUCUCAAUAUAGACUCACAGCAACUAUGGUCACUGUGACUGUGGUAAAUGUCAUCGAGGGUUCUGUGUUCCGGCCAGGUUCAAAGACAUUUGUAGUAGACAGUAGAAUGGAAGUGAAUCACACAGUGGGAGAAUUUUUAGCUACAGACUGGGAAACAGGUCGAGCUAUAAACAAGACCAAAAAUGUUAGAUACAGUUAUGUAAUGGGGGAUAAUCCAGAGAACCUGCUGGCUGUUGACUCAGGCAUAAUAACUUUAAGAAACAGAGUUACUAUGGAACAAUACCAAAGGCUUAAUAAGAGAUAUGAAGGAACAGUGCUAUCAAUACAUGAUUCCCUUCAGAGGAGCAGCACUGGAACAAUCAUCAUUGAACUUUGUGGCUUCUGGACUAUUACUGAACAUCCCACAACACCCACUGAGAAACCCCCAAACCCCACAGGAACAGUGACAGUCCAUCAAAGUCCAACCAUCACUCCAACCUGUCCACCUACCUGUAACAUCUCAGGCGGAUGCAACGUUCACCUUGGUCUUGCUGGCAUCAAGCUGCUCAUCAUGGGGUUCCUAGUCUUAGGAUAUCUGUCUCACAGUGCAGGUGAUACUGUGAUGAUCUCUGUGCGGAUCUUCACUCACUUCCUAAUGAAGUGGCACUCCAGUGCGAACCUUCACUCACCUCCUGAAGAGGCGGCGGUUCCAUGUGAGCCUUCACUCACUUUUUGA